GAAACAAGCCAAACCAGAGACACAGGUUGAGUUGCUUUACUCAUCAUUACACAAGGAAAAGCCAGCAGCUUUUAUUAACUUCACAAGAUCGCUCUGUGUUACUGACCUUAGUCUAGGAAAUUAUCCUUAUCAUUUUGCUUAUCGCGUCUUGCCUUCUUGUAUGCUGUUCCUUGGCUUUCGAAACAGCACAGGUCUGAGUGUUUUGUGUACUUCAACUUGUUGAAUACCAGCACCCUGCCCUCUGUGUAGAGUGCUCAGUGUUCAAGGUUCAGGAAGAUAACGAGAGGUGAGUGGCUGACGCAGAGCUCGUGUUAUGUUACCAAAGACUCAUAUCAAAUUACUGUAGACAGCAGGCUGGGUGAAACUGUAGCUGUAUUCAGAUCGCGGUGGCUCAAACAAACCAGGAACUGGGACUAACAAAGGAGGACGCUAACAGAAGGCUUCCUGUUGUUUUAAGAAGAGUGUUACCAUGGGUAAGAAGACACAACACUGUCUGCUGCUUUUGCUGUGUUUGUCAGGGCUUGUUGACUAUUCAGCUGCCUUGGUGUUUUGGACAGCCAUGGUGGAAAUAAGCUAUGUUAACCACAACAAUGACACCGUGGAUAAAUAUUGUGAGUGUGGGGUGUAUGGUCGUAACUCUCCCCUGGAGAAAGCCUCAGGCAUUGUUAUGCUUCCCAAGGGAGACCCCAAAGGCUGUGGCUCCGAUCCUGUCUACGGCUGCAAUUCCAGCUCACCGCCUUGGAUAGCCCUGGUUAAAAGAGGCAACUGCACCUUCAGUGAGAAGAUCAAUGCUGCCAAACGUCAAGGAGCAGCUGGUGUGGUGGUGUAUAAUGUGGAUGGCAGUGGCAACAGCACUACCCACAUGGCACACUCAGAUGCAGCUGGUAUUGUGGCUAUCAUGAUUGGCAACAUUCAGGGCAUGGAGGUUGUCAAGUUGGUGAAGAAUGGGACAGAUGUUCAGAUGCUUAUUGAUGUAGGCAGCCCUCAUGGACCCUGGAUGGACACCUACUGGCUUUACUUCCUGUCCAUCGCCUUCUUCAUUGUGACAGCAGCCUCAAUUGCCUAUUUUGUGUUUAUCUCUGCAAAUCGCCUCUACAAUCUGAAUAUGCAAAGGCGCACUGAGAGGAAGAUGAAAUCUGAGGCAAAGAAGGCAAUUGGACGUCUACAAGUACGCAAACUCAAGAGAGAGGAUGAGGAAACUACUUCUGACUCCUAUAUGUGUGCCGUGUGUAUUGAAUCCUACAAGGCAGGCGAAGUGGUCACAGUGCUAACAUGUAAUCACAUCUUUCAUAAAGCCUGCAUCGAGCCCUGGCUGCUGGAGAGGAGGACCUGCCCCAUGUGUAAGUGCGACAUCCUGAAGGCCCUGGGGGUCGAGGAGGAGACAAAAGAGAGCAUUUCUACUGAAUCUCCACCAGAUGUCACUGUGAUCACAGUGACAGGAGAACCCUUGUAUGAGGUACCACUGACUGACCCAGCGAGCCCUGACCCAGAGAGACAUCAGCAUCUCUAUGACAACAGGGCCUUCCAGGGAGAAUCAGAGGCUGCGAGAGGAUGAACAACAGCAAUGCAAACAAAACAGCAACAAACCAGGACACAGUGAAAUUCCCUUUUUGAAAUAGAUGUUUUUCUGGGAGACUUUGAACUAGCACAAUGGAAUCAAACUAUAAUGUUCCAACAGGAGAAACAAUGUUUAUCUUGUAAUGUAGGCAUUCUAAAAUAGAUUUUCAAAAAGAUACCAAGAAUAUUAAUGGACCUUGUGUAAUUAGCUUUGAUGUCACUGCAUUUUCUUUGUGUCUGUCUUGGUGCAAGUGUGUAAUUAUUGGGUGUGUUCAUAAAGCUAGCUUUAGAUGGUUAGAAUAGAUUCUGAAAACUGAGUGGUCGUGGAGUGUUGCCAGUGUCAAAUUUCUGUUUUGCAUAAUGAACGCACCAGCUAAACUGGUUAGGGAGGAAGUGCUGCAGAGCAUUUGACUGUUUGAAUUCAGGGCCAAAUUUCCUUCCACAAAAAGCUUGUUAGCUUGCAUUGUUCACAGUCCCUCACAAAAAAGACUAUUGUCUUUUAAAUUCACAGUAGAUUUCAUUUCUCUUAUUUCUCUUCAAUUGAUUUAAACAAUUUAAAUUUGUAUUUUAUUCUAUUUCAAUUGUCAGGUUGUCAGGCUCGAUUUAAUAAACACACCCUUAUGAACACACCCUUGACUGGAAAUGCAGCGUGACACACAUUGCAUUGUGAUGAGUGAAUAACAUCACCUGAGGGGCUGAGACUCUUUAGAAACAUGAUCUGUAGAAACAUGUUUACCACAUAUGAAAUAAGAAUUUUCAAGCCCUUUGUAAUUUGUUGACUGGUCUAUAGUUAGUUAGAACGUCCUGUAGUACUAAUAUAUGUAUAGUCCUUUUCUAAACAGCUGAUUUUCAUGGACAUGCACAAAUUGUUAUUCUUGGACAGGGCAGGGCUUCCUAACCCUAACCCUUUGAAUUGUGUGGAAUGGAAUUUAUUGAAUCCUUGUGGUCUACCUCUGAACUCUCACAUAGGUAAAUUUUGGAGCAUGUCUAAGAUUGUUGCAAUUCCAAGAUUAAGUGUGUCCCUCGGUAAAUGAUAAAACUAAAGAAUUGUUUAAUUUCUUUGUUUGCUGGUGGGGAUAUGCUGAUUAUGGUACUUAAGAUAUUUUUCUGUGCUGAAUCAUUUUCACUACUCUUUUACAGAUUCCAGGAGCCUUAAAUUAUUCUGUAAAAAUGAAUAUUACUUGGUGUAUUAAAUCACAUUGAUGCUUAGAAUGCAAUAAAUCCCUCAAAAUGAGGCUAACUUUA